AAAAAAAAAAAAACAGAGAGACUCUGAAAGAUUUUCCCAGAGACAGAGAACGGAACAGAAACCUGAUUGUUCUCCAAUGGCGGAUCUGAAGAACCUCUUCGUCACCACAAAAACUCCAUCUACGACUCAGAUUUUACUAACUUUUCUGCUCUUCCUCUCUCUCUUCCUCUUCUCCUCUUCGUCUCUCUCGGAUUUCUCUCCCUCUGUGAUCGUCUCGAGCUUCACCUCCCGUCUUCUCAUGGCCGCAAACUUCUUCUCUUACCCUUCUUCUCCUUCGGAUACUUGCACCGUUUCGUCUGUUUCCUCAGAAAGAAUCCGCGUCAACAACGAUUCGAGAAGAGGCCGAGAGAUCGACACAGUGACCAAAGAACUCAAUUCUUGCGAUAUCUUCGACGGAAGAUGGGUUCUUGAUGAAUCUGGUCCGGUUUAUGCUCCCGGUUCUUGCUCUUACCUCGAAGACAAGUUCAAUUGCUUCAAGAACGGCCGUCCCGAUUCGGGUUUUCUCCGUUACAGAUGGCGCCCUCACGGAUGCACAAUCCCGAGGUUUGAUGGGAGGAAGAUGCUGGGAAUUCUGAGAGGGAAAAGACUGGUUUUCGUUGGAGAUUCAUUGAACAGGAACAUGUGGGAGUCACUGGUCUGUUCCUUGAGCCAAUCGCUGGAAGGCAAGAGCAGAGUUCUCAAAGAUUCUUCUGCUAGAUGGAAUCUUAUCAAUGGCUCUUACGGUUUCAGAUUCAAGGAGUUUCAGUGCUCUAUCGAUUUCAUCAAAUCCCCGUUCCUCGUCCAAGAAUCAAAGUAUUCCGACAGAUUCGGGAAGAAGAGAGAGACGUUGAGGCUCGAUGUGAUCCAAGGAUCGAUCACCGAGCUCUACCGCGAUGCGGACAUAGUCAUCUUCAACACUGGCCACUGGUGGACACACCAGAAAACCAACAAAGGAAAGGGUUAUUUCCAGGAAGGAAGCCAUAUUUACGACAGAUUGGAAGUGCGAAAAGCGUAUACUAAAGCUCUCCAUACAUGGGCUGAUUGGGUUGAUGCCAAUAUCAACAUCAGCCGAACCAGAGUCUUCUUCGUCGGCUACUCCUCCUCCCAUUUCAGGAAAGGAGCAUGGAACUCAGGUGGGCAAUGCGACGGAGAACUCGAACCGAUAAAGAACGAAACGUAUGCGGGAGAAUAUCCAUGGAUGAUGAGGGUGCUCGAGUCGGUGAUAUCGGAGAUGAAGACGCCGGUUUAUUACAUGAACAUCACCAAGAUGACAUGGUACAGAACCGAUGGCCACCCUUCUGUUUACGGACAGCCUCCAGAGAUCCGGGGAAGAAGCUCCGUAAUGUUCCAAGACUGCAGCCACUGGUGUCUCCCCGGCAUCCCCGAUUCUUGGAACCAAUUACUCUACGUCACGUUGCUACUCUCCAGACGCCGUUCCUUGUCUUACAAGUCACUUGAAACUCUCUUGUCUUAGCCCAUUAUGAUGAAUCGAUAUGCCCAGUUUCUUUAUCAAACGUGAAAACCUCUCUCUCUCUCUCA